ACCACCGUCGUAGAGAAUUCGAUUGAGCGGCAGUCGUGUAGGUUGAGCGGUUGGAGUCGCACGCGUCUCUGUCGCUCGCUCCGCAUUCAACCUCAGCAACCAAACAGCAGCCAAGCGGCGCACAGUGUCUCACGUGCCCACCAGUUCAGUGUCAGUGUCCGGUCCUGCGUCCACCAUGACCUACCGCGACCAGUUCGACCGGCUGUACCGCGUCGGCCCGUGCCUCGGCAAGGGCGGCUUCGGCGUCGUCUACGCCGGCCUCCGCAACGACAACCUGCCCGUCGCUAUCAAGCACAUCUCGAAGCAGAAAAUUUCGGACAUGGUCCUGAUGGGACACCAGCGCGUGCCCAUGGAGGUGUACCUGCUGUCCAAGGUGUCCAACCUGCCGGGCGUGAUCGGCCUGCUGGACUACUACGAGCGGGACGACAGCGUCAUCAUCGUGAUGGAGCGUCCUGAGAGCGUGAAGGACCUUUUCGACUACAUCACCGACAAGGUGGUGCUGAACGAGUUCCUCGCGCGCGACUUCUUCCGCCAGAUCGUGCACACCGUCCUGCAGAGCCACAAGGCUGGCGUCAUCCACCGCGACAUCAAGGACGAAAACAUUUUGGUCGACCUCAAGACCAACAAGCUCAAGCUGAUCGAUUUCGGGUCCGGCGCCCUCCUCAGGGACACCGUCUACACCGAUUUUGAUGGUACCAGGGUGUACGCUCCGCCCGAGUGGAUCCGCUCCGGCAAGUACUUCGGCCGCAGCGCCACCGUCUGGUCGCUGGGCAUCCUGCUGUACGCGAUGGUGUGCGGCGACGUGCCCUUCGAAUUGGACGACGAGAUCCUGCGCGCCAACAUCGUCUUCAAGAGCAGAAUGACGCCCAACUCGAAGCCGCUGAGGCUGAGCGCCGAGUGCAUGGACCUGAUCAAGCAGUGCCUGCGGCUGAACCCUCGCGAGAGGCUGGACAUCGACAAGCUGCUGCUGCAUCCGUGGUUCCGGUGCCAGCUGCCCGAGUGCGAAGACGAGCUGAUCGCGGCGGAGCCGGCGUCGGCCGAACAGGCCGACGAGGAGGUGCAGUACGGCCCCCUGCCGCCGCUCAGUGUCGCCCUGGGAGAGGAGGCCGCUCCUUGACCUCACGGACGCUAGAUGGACAAUUGAUAGGGGCGCGGGGCACGCACACCACACGUGCCUCGCUCGAGCUGCUUUUUUUCCUCCUCUUUCGUUCGGCGAAGUUCGCCACCGUGAAGGCUGUGCUAGUGUUUUAAGACCGAGUCCGUCCGCGCCGAGCGACGCCAGCGUGCGACCCCCGGGCGCCGCGGCCGCACGCGCGGACGGCAAAAAAAAACUCUGUGAUCGACCAGGAACUGAAACUUCCGGUCCGCGCCGAUGGCUCUGCGUGUGUGUGUAUAUAUUUCGCGUGCGUGCCAAGAGCCAUCGCCCAAUCUACUUAAGAACGAAUUCAUUCAUUCAUUAAUCGUCGUGCGUAAUUUUGCGUGGGUUGAUACAUGUAGAAUGUUUGUAUUCCUUUCUUCGAUGAUGAUUUGGUAUUUUUUUUUUAUUUAUAAACGCGCAUACGAAGCUGAUGCCAUAAUGACUGACGACUUUUGCUCUAGGCAAAAUGUGUUCUAUAAGUUCCUUCCUCCUUAAUUUAUUAUCGUGCAUGUUUACUACACAAAACACACUUACAUACGUCAUGAUUGAAUGCAGUUUAUGCGCAAUAACUACUCUCUCGUACAUACACACACACACACACACUCACUCACUCACUCAUACGGAUCGUAUACCGCGGGCUGCCGCGUGGCGUUUCAUGCUUUUCGAACCAGUGAUCGGUAAUCUCUAAAAACGCGCGGCAGCCCCGUUGCACCUUGGACAGGUGCGAAAUCCUCUCAGAACUCUCAUCACAUCGCUGAGUAUCUAAUUUAUGUGUACAUUGUGAAUAAUAUAGUGCGACUUGGUGUAAAUUAUUAUUACGAUUUAAGACAGGUGCGAGCACAUACCGAGAUUGACUGUAUUUUUUAUACAAAAUGACAUACUACAACAAAAUGUGUAAUUAUAACGAUCAUAAUUAUUAUGUACUGCGCAAGGAACAUUUUGACGAAGUGUAGAGCCCGCCGUCGAGCGGGUGGCUAAAUACCAAUAAAUGUCAAACCACAUUUAUUCAUAAUGAAAACAAA